AUGCAUUUGCAUGGCCCGACCACCGCGCGGCGCGCCGAUCCCGGAUCCACCGGUGCCGGACCGGCGGAUACACAGCUUAAGGACAUGCGUACGGGCAACGCUACACUGCCACAGGAGGUCUGGCAAAAGAUUGCCAGCCAUUUGGGGGUGCGAAAUUGGGCCCAGGUGUCAGGCACCUGCAAGGCUACCUGGAACGUGGAGCUGCAAGACGUUCGAGUCUAUGAGUGUGAUCGUUUGGGCAAUGCAGGGGUUGCAUGGCUGCUGAAGAGGGCGCAACAUGCGCGCACACUGUUGAUAGGGGAGCUGUUUGGCGAGGCGCUGCAGGACUUUGCUCUUGGGCUCCUGCAGUCGCCGCACUCUUUCACCAACCUUGCUGCGCUCUCUCUCAACCGCGAGGACAACUACCGGCACAAGCGCACCCACGAAGAGGCAGAGGCACUGCUCAUGAUGUGGACAUGGCUUGCGGGCCAGGCUCGACAGCUCCAAUACCUCAACCUGACGCUGAUACAGCUCAAGGGCCUGCCUCGCUUGCCGCAGCUGAAGCACCUGCAGCUGCACCUGAAAAACGGCGACUGCCGCCGAGUGGCGAGGUGCAUGACUGAUGCCCUGCCCAGCCUGCAAACGCUGCACAUCAUCUGCCUCAAUGACAGCCAGGACGACGGGCCUGAAUUGCUGCUCGCUGCCAUGACUCAGCUGCGGAGCUUGGCACUGCGCGGUGUCCUGCCAGCCUCGCUAGCCCUUCCCGAGAGCACGCAAUUGCACGUGCGCGUGCAUGACAUUCACGCUGCAAGGCACCCAAUCUGGAUCAGCCUAUUGCCCCACCUGCGCACCUUUCACAUAGACAUGCAGAAGGAGGACAGUUCCUUCGAUGCCAAAGAGAACAUUCCGCUGUUCCUGUUCGGGCCAAGCAGUCUUGAGACGCUCAUAGUGUCAGUCAGGGGGUUUGAGACCGUCAAAGCUCCCAUCCAGCUGCGUGGAAGCUUCCUGGAAGUCGAGCGGCUGGCCAUUGACACACUAGAUGACAUCCAUGUGGAGGUGCCAGCUGGGCAUGGCUGGCGGCUGGUCAACUUCCACACCUGUAAAAGCCUCGGCAUCCGGCUGCACGAUAUGGAGAAUUUUGUGGAUAAUCGGCCUGAGUUCUCUUUCCAGUUCACAACGCUGCAAGGCAUGGGCGUGAUGCUUCUGACCAGAUACAUGGCUGAGAGGGGGCCCCUGGAUGGCAUUGAAAGCCACUGGAGUUGA